CAGCGGGAGGAGGAGGUGGCGGAGGAGGAGCAGGGGGAGGGCUGUCAAAUUCGGGAGCCAGAUUUGUUUCCCUUCCCCUGGCAAUCCCUUCCGCUUCCCCGGCUCCAGGCUUGACAUCUCCGGACCGGGGACCUGUAUGUGUGUGUGCGCCAAGGAGCGGAAGAAUGGCAGUGCUCAAACUCACUGACCAGCCACCACUGGUCCAAGCAAUCUUUAGUGGUGACCCAGAGGAGAUCCGGAUGCUCAUCCACAAAACUGAAGAUGUGAAUGCUCUGGAUUCUGAGAAGCGAACUCCCCUUCAUGUGGCUGCAUUUCUGGGAGAUGCUGAGAUCAUUGAACUCCUGAUUCUGUCAGGAGCUCGUGUAAAUGCCAAGGACAACAUGUGGCUGACCCCACUGCACCGGGCUGUGGCCUCCAGAAGUGAAGAAGCAGUGCAGGUACUGAUUAAGCACUCAGCUGAUGUCAAUGCCAGGGACAAGAACUGGCAGACCCCCCUCCACGUGGCAGCAGCCAAUAAAGCUGUCAAGUGUGCAGAAGUGAUCAUUCCCCUGCUGAGCAGCGUCAAUGUCUCCGACCGAGGGGGUCGGACAGCCCUGCACCAUGCGGCUCUGAACGGCCAUGUGGAGAUGGUCAAUUUGCUCUUGGCCAAAGGGGCAAACAUAAAUGCAUUUGACAAGAAGGACCGGCGCUCUCUGCACUGGGCAGCAUAUAUGGGCCACCUGGAGGUUGUGGCAUUGCUCAUUAACCACGGCGCAGAAGUGACAUGUAAGGAUAAGAAGGGUUACACACCCCUACACGCCGCAGCCUCCAAUGGACAGAUCAACGUUGUCAAACACCUUCUGAAUCUGGGGGUGGAGAUUGAUGAAAUCAACGUCUAUGGAAAUACUGCACUUCACAUCGCCUGCUACAAUGGACAGGAUGCUGUAGUUAAUGAGUUAAUUGACUACGGUGCUAAUGUGAACCAGCCAAACAACAACGGGUUCACCCCUUUGCAUUUUGCUGCUGCCUCCACUCAUGGUGCUUUGUGUCUUGAACUGUUAGUAAACAACGGGGCGGAUGUUAACAUUCAGAGUAAAGAUGGCAAAAGUCCACUGCACAUGACAGCUGUCCAUGGAAGGUUCACACGGUCACAAACCCUCAUUCAGAAUGGAGGUGAAAUUGACUGUGUGGAUAAGGAUGGCAACACUCCUCUCCAUGUGGCUGCAAGAUAUGGUCAUGAGCUUUUGAUUAACACCUUAAUAACCAGCGGAGCUGACACAGCCAAGUGUGGCAUCCAUAGCAUGUUCCCCUUACAUUUAGCUGCCCUAAAUGCUCAUUCUGACUGCUGCAGAAAGUUAUUAUCAUCGGGCUUUGAAAUAGACACCCCAGAUAAAUUUGGAAGAACGUGUCUUCAUGCUGCUGCUGCAGGAGGUAAUGUGGAAUGUAUAAAACUCUUGCAGAGCAGUGGAGCGGAUUUCCAUAAAAAGGACAAGUGUGGGAGGACCCCUUUGCACUAUGCAGCUGCAAAUUGUCAUUUCCACUGUAUUGAGACAUUAGUGACUACAGGGGCCAACGUUAAUGAAACAGAUGACUGGGGAAGGACAGCUUUGCACUACGCUGCUGCAUCAGACAUGGAUAGAAACAAGACUAUCUUAGGAAAUGCCCAUGAAAAUUCAGAAGAACUGGAAAGAGCCAGAGAGCUGAAGGAAAAAGAAGCCGCAUUAUGUCUCGAGUUUCUGCUUCAAAAUGAUGCAAAUCCAUCUAUCCGGGACAAGGAGGGUUACAAUAGCAUACAUUAUGCUGCUGCGUAUGGCCACAGACAAUGUCUGGAACUGCUUUUGGAAAGAACCAACAAUGGUUUUGAAGAACCAGAUUGUGGUGCUACCAAGAGUCCGCUACAUUUAGCUGCCUAUAAUGGGCACCAUCAAGCCUUGGAAGUCCUUCUACAGUCACUGGUGGACCUGGACAUCAGAGAUGAAAAAGGCCGCACUGCUCUGGAUCUGGCUGCCUUUAAGGGACACACAGAAUGUGUGGAAGCACUUAUCAAUCAGGGCGCGUCCAUCUUUGUGAAAGACAAUGUAACCAAAAGAACCCCACUCCAUGCCUCAGUUAUUAAUGGUCACACACUGUGUUUGCGACUAUUGCUAGAAAUUGCAGACAACCCAGAGGUGGUUGAUGUGAAAGAUGCCAAAGGACAAACCCCACUGAUGCUUGCAGUAGCAUACGGACACAUUGAUGCUGUCUCAUUGUUACUUGAAAAGGAAGCAAAUGUAGAUGCCGUUGACAUCAUGGGAUGCACAGCUUUACACAGAGGGAUUAUGACGGGACACGAGGAAUGUGUACAAAUGCUGCUGGAACAAGAAGUGUCAAUUCUCUGUAAAGAUUCCCGAGGGAGGACCCCCCUGCACUACGCAGCAGCUCGAGGCCAUGCCACGUGGCUGAGCGAGCUGCUCCAGAUGGCACUUUCAGAAGAGGACUGUUCUUUCAAAGAUAAUCAAGGCUACACACCACUGCACUGGGCUUGUUACAAUGGUAAUGAAAACUGCCUAGAGGUGCUUUUGGAGCAAAAAUGUUUUCGCAAAUUUAUUGGUAAUCCCUUUACUCCACUGCACUGUGCAAUAAUAAAUGAUCAUGAGAAUUGUGCAUCUCUGCUACUUGGGGCCAUAGAUUCCAGUAUUGUCAGUUGCAGAGAUGACAAAGGAAGAACACCCCUUCACGCGGCAGCAUUUGCUGAUCAUGUUGAGUGCCUGCAGCUUCUUUUGAGACACAAUGCUCAAGUGAAUGCAGCAGACAAUUCCGGGAAAACAGCGCUGAUGAUGGCUGCUGAGCACGGGCAGGCAGGCGCCGUGGAUAUUUUGGUGAACAGUGCCCAAGCUGAUCUGACUGUAAAGGAUAAAGACUUGAAUACACCCUUACAUUUGGCUAGUAGUAAAGGUCAUGAAAAAUGUGCCUUGUUAAUACUUGACAAGAUACAAGAUGAGAGCCUUAUUAAUGCAAAAAACAAUGCACUGCAGACACCCCUCCAUGUUGCUGCACGCAAUGGCUUGAAGAUGGUAGUUGAGGAGUUGCUAGCCAAAGGGGCCUGUGUGCUUGCUGUAGAUGAAAAAGGUCACACCCCGGCCCUGGCUUGCGCUCCUAACAAAGACGUGGCUGACUGCCUGGCACUCAUUUUGGCCACCAUGAUGCCUUUUUCUCCUUCCAGUUCAAUGACGGCUGUCAACUUCGUUUGUUUUAAAAAAGACACUUUGAGCAGGACGACCCUCUCCAAUCUGGGGAGCAUGGUUAGCCUGUGCAGUAACAAUGUAGGCUCAGAGGAUGGGUACAAUGAAAAUGAUUCUGAUUCAGAAACGUUUUGACUUCGGACCUUAGACGCUUUUCCUUGAUCACCCAUGUUGGAGGAAGGGAAAUAAGCGUGAAUUCUGGGGUUAUGUAUGUUCAAGUAUUAUGAGCCCAAGCUUCCAGAAGCCAGUAGAGAGGGAAAUAAUCAAAUUGAGGGAAGGCAGCUAAGCUGUAGGAGUAGCACACACACAGAUGGGCCCAAUUUUUAUUUGUUUCAUGUUUUCCUUGGAUCUGGAAUACUUCUGUGAAAGUCUGCCUCUCAUUUGAAGUAAGGGAAUAAAAAAGAUGCAUUUAGUUAUUUUUCUUUGUGGAUAAUGCAACAGAAAGGGAGCUAUUCUCUAUAAAGUUUUUUUUUUUUUCAUAUACUCACUCGGUUGUGAGUUCUCAGAGGUAUGUCAAUGCCAUGUCCCCUGGGAUAGGAGGGAAGAGGUGAAAAAGGACAUGCUUCAAACCUCUCCUCACUUUGAUGUUUACUUCCUCAUCAGAAGCCAAAGGUAAAAGUGUUCAUCUUCAGAAAUAAUGCCUGUAAUAGUCUUUUUAAGGGAAUCCAACUAUUCAUUUACUCUCUGUAGUAAGCACUUAAAUAUCCAGAACUUCUUUCUGAGAAUCUUUGGAAAAUUUGUCAGAUAAAUUGAAAAACUGAACUUGCUUUUCUCAUUUAACACAAAUAUGGCACCCAGUGCUCCCCAUAACAAGCCUGUGACUAAUUUGCACCCCAAUGAUUGAGCCCAAAUGUAUCUAAUAACAAUGUAGGUGAAAAUUAUUUUGCACCUAAACUUUGCGACAAUAUGCAAAUUUAACAUGAAACUGCCCUUUUAUUAAUUCAUCCUUAAAUCAAAAUACUCACUUUUUUAAAGCGUGAGAACCAUCAGCAUUUUUCAUCUAUAGUAAAAUGUUACAUGAGCUUCUCAGUCAAGGUCAUGCCAAGUGAGCAAACGUGUGACUGCAAAAGGGAACAAAAAAGCAAAAGAAGGAAGUAGAAAUGGGUGAUGUGCAAAUUAAAGCCAACUGCCACUUGCUUGAUGAUAAAAUCAACAUAGUGAAAACUGUAUCUGCUCCCUCUGCCAAAGCUUCUAGGUCAAAUGGACCCCAUUCUGCACCUGGAACAGCUGUACAAAAAGAAGAAUGAGACUCUUUAAAAUUUAUGCAUAUACUCAUACACACAUAUAUACAUAUAUGUGUGGGUAGGUGGGUGUGUAUAUGCAUAUAUACAUAUAUAUGUAUGUAUUUCAUCAACAUGAGGACCAAAAUGCUUCAGCCUAAAAUGGAAGAUUUAAAUUUUUUUCUUUAAAAUGGAAGUGAGAAAUGAAGUCGCUUUUCUAUGAAGUUAAAAUGUAAUCUUUUUACGCAACAGUCUUUCUUGUAUUUUAUAUUUCUUAUGACACAGAUUUCUGGUUGAUGGCUUAACGUUUGUACCUGAUGAUGUGCUGACUCUGGUGUUUUGUUUUUUUUUUUCCCCAAACUAGAGAAAGUGUUCCUAUAUGUUUGAUGUAAAUGUGUUUGUAUUUAUUUUAAGUGAAACAAAUGCUGAGGAAACAUAUCCAUUGUUUUGUUCUCUAUUUUAAUUGCUACGUGUCUUCUUUGGAAUAACAAAAUAAAGCAGAAAACACCCCCAGCCCUGGGCUAGCCAGCAGCCCUGGGUCAAGCCCAGCAUUUGCACUGCUGAGGUUUCCAGCCGACUCAGGUUCUUCGACAUCAGUUGGAAAGGAGAAUAAGAUCAAGAGCUACAUUCCUUCGUUCAGACAUGUCAACCAGCUUAGAGCGUAGAAGACAUUGCACUCUAUAUGCUCUUCUCUAAGAUGAAAACUGAAGUAUAUAUGGAAACAUAUGCAUGAAAGUGACCCAAAGAAAGAUACAGUAAUUAUCCUAAAUACACUGACAAUUUCACACAGUCCCAGUAACCUAAUGGGAAACCAUGUCAGUGUGCUGGCACGUGUGCCAAGAGGAAAAUGCAAAUCACCAGCCCAAGUGCUGUUUUCCACUUGAGAAAGAGACAGGAAAGAAACAGAUGGCAUUAGGGCAGUACCCUCUGAUGUUUUAGAGUCGCUUCCAUUUUAACCCUGGAAAUGUCUCUUUUAUAGUGUAUGUGAGAUAUUUUUUUAAAAUGGUAUUCUAUCAUAUCUGGAUCAAAUACAGUUACUGUAUUAUAUUUUUCAUCUAACUGUAAAAAAUUUUAAUCUUAUCUUUUAAUAUUCUGGAUUUGAUUAAAACUCAUGUUAGGUUCUUCACAAAUGAGAACAUGUUCAAAGGACUCAGAGAAUUGGUGUUAAUAUUGUUGAAAUUUUUCACCACCACCACCAUUGUUUUUAGAAUUCUCAGUGUUGUGUUCCCCUCCUUCCUCUGUCCUUUUUGUUUGUGUAAAAAAAGAUUAAAUAUUUAUAAAGGAGUUAAAUUGCUAAUGAGCAAUAAUGACCUUAUCUUUACCAACACAUUGAAAAUAAGGGAGAUUCAGUGUCAAAAACGCACGGUAUACUUCGGUGUCUUUUUCUAGAAGUGAAUGGAAAUCUUGUUCAGUUGGCUUUUAAAGCAGGAAAUGAAAUGCCAGCUUUAAUGGUGAAGCAGCAUUCACAUUUUUCCUGUCAAGUAGCAGAGAGAACAGGAACGUUGCAGCAAAGCAAUGAAAGCAGUGACUGACCAGCGACAUUAUCUCCAUAAAGCUGCAUUUUGACUUUUCCCCACUCUUCCUGGUAGGAUGAGGACAAAGGAACAAAAUGAAAUCAUGCUCAUACGAACAGUUCAUUGAAUUCAAUCUCUCUUCCUCUCUCUCUCCUGCUCUUCCUAUUUCCCCCACUACCGAGUUUUUUCUUAAUAAAUGCUUUUAAAAACUGUAUUUACUAUGUUUUUCAAGUACACAUCUUAGAAAUAAAAUUAUGUUUGCAACACAGCUUUCUAAGGAAAAAAAAAAACAGAAAACACUGUUUUUAAUUGAAUCUUAGUUGUUUUGUGCUUUAUCCUAAAUGUGUUCUUUUCAGACAGUAUUUUAACCACAGCACAGGGAUCAUGUUUCAUUGCACUUACCUGUUCGCCAGUGUCUGCCUAUCUUUGUUAAUUACAUUACUAUCUCCAAAUUGCCUAAAAUCUGCUAUGAUUCUACAGUAAAUAGCUCAGGGGAUUUCUAUUUAUCACUACUAAAAGGGCACCAUAGUAUGUUUUGGUACUUUAGGCAGUAAACAGCUGCUUGAUUUAUUAUUUUAUUAUUAAAUUAGAACAAGAACAUCAAAUGGAUUUGCUGCACUAGAUUAUUCUUUGUACUGUUUAGCAACUUGUUUUGCUUAUCUGUUGCGUUGGUUGAAAAAUUCAUCCUUUUUUUGUCUUGAAAUAUGAAGUUAGAGUGCCUUUUCAUAUUUGUAUAUUCUGAAAAUGUUCUGUGAAAUGUUUUGUAUUUUUUCAUUUGAGUGUUAUCAGAGCAAUAUGAGACCAGUGAGUUUUCAUUUCAGACUUUCUUUGAAUGUAUAAAAUAUCUGUUUUCCUAUUUCCCCUUCACCUGCUUUGAAAUGAAAAUGAAUAUGCUAAAGUUUUCUAUAGGAAAUAUGUUUGAUUUUGCUGUGCUGAAAUGCUUUCUUCUCACAAAACUGUAAACCAUAGGUCAGUGUUAAUAGAAGAAAAGCAUUUAAGUUAGUGACAAUCUGAGUGUGUGUAUAAAAUGUAACUCGAUACGUUUUUUUAUGCAGUGAUCGAAAAAUUCAAUGCAAAUAUCUUUUGUUUGGUAGUUUUGUCUACGUAUUUUAUGCUUUAGCAUGUGCAAUAUAUCUUUGCAAAGCACGAUGAUACAAAUCUGGUGCCAGUGUUAUAUUUUGCAUAAACUAUUUGUAACAGCAUAAGGUAUUGUUUGAUGAUUUUGGUGGAAUUUUGUCUGUAAUGUUUUCUUAUGUAAAUUGGAGUUGAAUGACCCUGGCAAAUGUAAUGACUGUAAAAAUGAGGAAAAUUACUUUUAGUUAGUGAAUGGCUUUGAACCAAUCUGAAUUUUCUCAAGCACAGUUUAAUACUUUUGCAACUACUGAAUGCUCUAAUAACAUAAUGAAAUACUUAACUGUAAUGUACACGAAAAUGCAUUCAGAUGGUUAUUUUUAUAAAUAAAUACGGUACAAAUAUU